GUUAAACACGUUCUGUGUUUGCGCGGUGCCCGAAGUCAUUCUGCCAGCUGGUUCCUCUCUAAAGUAGUGAAAGGCUGACACUGAGUAAUUGUAGGAGGGCUGUGUUUAACCUGAGGCGUUGGCAGGUCUGCAGAGCGGGACUUGCCCAAAUACCCCGAAUUCGUGCCUAGCAUAAACGCUGCAUCAGCAGUCAAAGUAGUGACGUUCGGAGUCUAGUCUCCUACAAUAAUUUGAGGAAGGAAUGAGAGUUUUGUCUUAUGGCUGCUCCAGGAAAGGUGGCAGCUUUCCGUCUGCCUCCCCUGCCAACUAUUGGAGAAAUUAUUAAACUCUUUCGCCUUAAAGCACUGAAACAGCUUUCCCAGAACUUUCUGCUGGAUUUGCGAUUGACAGACAAGAUAGUGAAACAGGCUGGCGAGCUGAAAAAUGCCCAUGUUUGCGAAGUGGGCCCUGGGCCAGGAGGAAUUACCAGAUCCAUUCUCAGUGCUGGUGUUGAACAACUGCUUUUAAUUGAAAAAGAUGCUCGGUUUAUUCCAGGAUUGCAGAUGCUAUCUGAAGCAGCUCCAGGAAAAGUGCGCAUCGUUCAUGGAGAUAUCCUGACCUAUAAGAUGGAGAAGGCUUUUCCAAAGCACUUAAUAAAGAGCUGGGAGGAUGAGCCACCAGAUAUACAUAUCAUUGGAAAUCUGCCCUUCAGUGUUUCAACUCCUCUAAUCAUCAAAUGGCUUGAGAAUGUUUCGAAAAGGGAUGGACCUUUUUUUUACGGCAGGACACAGAUGACGCUGACUUUUCAAAAGGAAGUUGGAGAGAGACUUACAGCUAAUCCAGGAAGUAACCAACGCAGCAGACUGUCCGUCAUGGCUCAGCAUCUCUGCACUGUGGAAAACUGCUUCGUGAUUCCAGGUCAAGCCUUUGUUCCAAAGCCAGAGGUGGAUGUGGCUGUGGUACAUUUCACACCAUUGGUGCAACCAAAGAUACAGCAGCCAUUUGAGCUGGUAGAAAAAGUGGUUCAAAGUGCUUUUCAGUUUAGAAGAAAAUACUGCUUCCGAGGAAUUGAGACCUUGUUUCCUGAAAAUGGACGCUUGAAAAGAACAGAACAGCUGAUGAUGACAGCAAAUGUUGAUCCAACUCUGCGUCCUUUUCAGCUCUCUAUGUCACAAUUUAGAAACCUGUGCAAUGCAUACAGGAAAAUGUGUGAUGAAGACCCAAGCCUUUUUGUGUUCAACUACAGAGAAGAACUACGGCAAAAGAAAAUGACAAGAAGUACUGAUCAGCCUGAACAGACUGAAGAGGAAAAUCAGCUCUAACAGCUC